UGGAAUAAGACCAUGAAGCCACCCGAAACUUUGACAUCUUCAUUGGCUCAACAAAUAAAGUGCGUGAAUAAAAUUUUGUAAUUUUGCCAAAAUGGAAUUUACAGAAGAUAGUGAAAAUUUAUUUCUUGACACAUCAAUUGUCAAGGAAGAGUAUGGAAUUAGAGAUGGAGGUGAAGUGGAAUUUAAAGUGAAUAAUGGUGAGUUUGUUGAAUACAUCACAUCAUCAUCUGCGGUGGACAUAAAAGAAGAGCCAGUGGAUACGACUUCGAUAAAAGAAGAAGAAACUAUCAGUAACUUCUUGCCAACAACACAAAAAAAACGUUCCAAGUCACAGUCUUCAAAGAAUAACCAACCUGAGAAGGAACUUGCAUGUCCAGUAUGUGAUAAAAAAUUCAAAUGCUUGAGAUAUUUGAAGAGACACGAAACAAUUCACAUCGAAGAUAGGCCCUCAUUUGCUUGUAAGCUCUGCAGCAAAGUCUUCAAAUGGAGCAAAAAUUUAGCAGCUCAUCGGAAAAUCUGUGCAGCCCUCCAAACCGCAGCUGCAAUUCCCGAUGCAAAGAAUAUCCCCCCUUUGAGGCUCUUUGAGUGUGCUCUGUGUGGAAAACAAUUUGCCUACAAGCAGGAACUGAGGUCCCACAUCUGGAUCCACAUAAAAGACAGACCAAAGUAUUUUUGCAAAAUUUGUGGCAAUAAAUACAACACAACUCAAUCUCUUGGACAGCAUGCUAAGUCAUGUGUGAAGAUGAAGGAACUCCCACACUUGCCAUGCCUAAAGUGUGGAAAUAAGUUCCAUAAGGUGACGUCCUUGGCACAGCAUGAAAGGAUGUGCAACAAACCGCGUAAGCAGAAGGACAACAGCAAAGGAUGCAAGAUAUGUGGGAAAGAAUUUACAAACUACUAUGAAUACAAAAAUCACUCAAAUAUGCAUGCAAAAGAGAGGCUCAAAUAUUCCUGCCCCUGUGGCAUUAGUUACUACUGGGCCAGUAACUUAAGACGGCACAAAAAGACAUGCAGCAAAUCUGUAAUAGUGCUGAAUUUUUUCUGCAGAACCUGUGGAAGUGGAUUCGAAGAGGAAUCAACUAAAAAUGAGCAUGAACAGUUUUGUAAUCCACAAGAUCACGUUACGUAUGAAACUUCAAUACAAAAUACAAUAUGGCUCCCGGUUACUCAAAAUUCAACAUGGCGUCCAGAAACGGACGUUGGGAAUGGCGAACAGGUUAUGAAAACGGAUUUUGAUCAGUUCAUUUGUGAGGAAAUCGAAGAUUCUUCUUAAAUAUUCCACUUUGCAUGAAAGAAAUUUACAAAUUUCGAAAUUCCAUUAAAUUAAGGUUAUUUUUUUGAGCAUCAUUUACUAAAUUAAAAUGUAUGAAUCGUUUGAAUAAAAAUUUGUACAUAGAAAAGAAAA